AUGGUACUUCACGCUGAGGACAAGGUACCUCACACUGAGGACAAGGUACGUCACACUGAGGACAAGGUUCAUCACGCUGAAGACUAGGUACCUCAGACUGAGGACAACGUUCCUCACGCUGAGAAAAAGGUUCCUCACUCUGAGGACAAGGUACGUCACACUGUGCACAAGUUUCCUCACGCUGAGGACAAGGUUCCCCAAGCUGAGGACAAGGUACCUCACACUGAGGACAAGGUACCUCACAUUGAGUACAAGGUUCCUCACGGUGAAGACAAGGUACCUGACACUGAGGACAAGGUACCUCCCGCUGAGGACAAGGUUCCUCACAAUGAGGACAAGGUACCUCAUGAUGAGGACAAGGUACCUCUAUCUAAGGAGAAGUUUCCUUAUGCUUAGCACAAGGUUCCUCAAGCUUAAGACAAGGUAUCUCACACUGAGGACAAGGUAGCUCACACUAAGGACAAGGUUCCUGACGCUGAGCACAACGUUCCUCAAGCUGAGGACAAGGUUCCUCACGAUGAGGACAAAGUAUCUCACACUGAAUACAAGGUAGCUCAAGCUGAGGACAAGGUUCCUGACGCUGAGGACAAAGUUCCUCAAGCUGAGGACAGCCUACCUCACACGUAGGACAAGGUACCUCAUGCUUAGGACAAGGUUCCUCACGCUGAGGACAAGGUUCCUCAAGCUGUGCACAAAGUUCCUCACACUGAAGAUAAGGUACCUCACAAUGAGGACAAGGUUCCUCACUCUGAGGACAAGGUUCGUCACGCUGAGGACAAGGUAUCUCACGCUGAGUACAAGGUUCCUCACGCUGACGACAAGGUUCCUCACGCUGAGGACAAGGUACCUCUCGCUGAGGACAAGGUUCCUCAUGCUGAAGACAAGGUGCCUCACCCUGAGGACAAGGUACCUCACACUCAGGACAAGGUUCCUCAUGCUGAGGACAAGGUUCCUCAAGCUGAGGACAAGCUACCUAACACUGAGGACAAGGUUCCUCAAGCUGAGGACAAAGUUUCUCACGCUGAGGACAAAGUUCCUCACGCUGAGGACAGGGUUCCUCACGCUGAGAACAAGGCACCUCACACUGAGGACAAUGGUCCUCAAGCGGAAGACAGGGUACCUCACACUGAGGACAAGGUACCACACACUGAAGACAAGGUUCCUCAUGCUGAGAAACAAGGUUCCUCAAGCUGAGAACAAGGUACAUCACACUGAGGACGAGGAUCCGCAAGCUGAGGACAAGGUACCUCACGCUGAGAACAGAGUUCUUCACGCUGAGAACAAGGUCCCUCACGUUGCGGACAAGGUUCCACACGCUGAGAACAAGGUUGCUCAAGCUGAGGACAAAGUACCUCACACUGAGGAAAAGGUACUCCACACUGAGUACAAGGUUCCUCACUCUGAGGACAAGGUUCCUGACGGUGAGGACAAGGUUCCUCACGGUGAGGACAAGGUACUCACGUAGAGAACAAGAUUCCUCACGCAGAGGACAAGUUCCUCAAGCUGAGGAAAAGGUACCGCACUCUGAGGACAAGGUUCCUCAAGGUGAGGACAACGUUCUUCAAGUUGACGACAAUGUACCUCACACUGAGGACAAUGUCCCUCCAGCUGAAGACAAGGUAACUCGCACUCUGGACAAGGUUCCUCACGCUGAGGACAAAGUUCCUCACGCUGACGACAAGGUACCUCACACUUAGGAGACGGUACCUCACACUGAGGACAAAGUUCCUCACUCUGAGGACAAGGAUCCUGACGGUAAGGACAAGGUUGCUCGCGCAGAGGACUAGGUUCUCACGGAAAGGACAAGUUUCCCCACGCAGAGGACAAGGUUCCUCACUCUGAGGACAAGGUUCCUCACGCUGAGGACAAGGUACCUCACACAGAGGACAAGGUACCUCACACUGAGGACAAGGUUCCUCGCGCUGAGGACAAGGUUCCUCAAGAUCAGGAGAAAGUACCUCACACUGUGGACAAGGUACCUCACACAGAGGGCAAGGUACCCUACCCUAAGGACAAGGUUCCUCAAGCUGAGGACAAGGUUCCUCACGCUGAGAACAGAGUUCUUCACGCUGAGAACAAGGUCCCUCACGUUGCGGACAAGGUUCCACACGCUGAGAACAAGGUUGCUCAAGCUGAGGACAAAGUACCUCACAUUGAGGAAAAGGUACUCCACACUGAGUACAAGGUUCCUCACUCUGAGGACAAGGUUCCUGACGGUGAGGACAAGGUUCCUCACGCCGAGGACAAGGUACCUCACAUUGAGGACAAGGUUCCUCAAGCUGAGGACAAGGCACCUCUCACUGAUGACAAGGUACCUCACCCUGAGGACAAGGUACCUCACACGGAGGACAAGGUUCCUCACGCUCAGGAGAGGGUUCCUGACGCUGAGGACAAGGUUCCUCACGGUGAGGACAAGGUACCUCACACUUAGGACACGGUACUUCAAGCUGAGGACAAAGCACCUCACACUGAGGACUAGGUACCUCACACUGAGGACAAGGUUCCUCACUCUGGGGACAAGGGUCGUCACGCUGAGGACAAGGUUCCUCACGGUGAGGACAAAGUUCCUCACGCUGAGGAAAAGGUUCCUCAAACUGAGGACAAAGUACCUCACGGUGAGGACAAGGUACCUCACACUGAGGACAAGGUUCCUCACGCUGAGCACAAGGCUUCUCGCGCUGACGACAAGGUUCCUCACGUUGAGAACACGGUUUCUCACGCCGUGGGCAAAGUUUCUCACGCUGAGACCAGGGUACCUCACACUGAGGACAAGGUACGUCAAACCGAGGACAAGGUUCCUCACGCUGAGGACAAGGUUUCUCACGCUGACGACAAGGCUCCCCAAGCUGAGGACAAAAUAACUCGCACUGAGGACAAGGUUCCUUAAGCUGAGGACAAGGUACGUCACACUGAGGACAAGGUACCUCAAGCUGAGGACAAGGUACCUCACACUGAGGACCAGGUCCCUCACGCUGAGGACAAGAUUCCUCACGCUGAGGACAAGGUUCCUCAUGCUGAGGACAAGGUUCUUGAUGGCGAGGACAAGGUUCUUCACGCUGAGGACAAGGUUCCUCAAGCUGAGGACAAGGUUCCUCACGUUGAGGACAAGGGUUCUCACGCUGAGGACAAGGUUCCUCACGCUGAGGACAAGGCUGCUCACACUGAGGACAAGGUUCCUCAAGCUGAGGACGAGGUUCCUCACGCAGAGGACAAGUUUCCUCACGCAGAGGACAAGGUUCCUCACUCUGAGGACAAGGCACCUCACACUGUGGACAAGGUACGCCACAGUGAGGACAAGGUUCCUCACGCUGAGGAUAGGGUACCUCACACUGAGGUCAAGGUACGUCACACUGAGGACAAGGUACCUCACACUGAGGACAAAGUUCCUGACGGCGAGGACAAGUUUCCUCACGCAGAGGACAAGGUUCUUCACGCAGAGGACAAGGUUCCUCACUCUGAGGACAAAAUACCUCACACUGAGGACAAGGUCCGUCACACUGUGUGCAACGUUCCUCACGUUGAGGCAAGGUUCCUCAAGCUGAGGACAUAGUACCUCACGCUGAGGAGAAGGUACAUCACACUGAGGACAAGGUUCCUCGCGCUGAGUUCAAGGUACCUGACACUGAGGACUAAGUUCCUCACGCUGAGGACAAGGUACGUCACACUGAGGUGAAGGUACCUCACACUGAGGACAAAGUUCGUCAAGCUGAGGGCAAGGUUCGUCACGCUGAGGACAAGGCUGCUCACACUGAGAACAAGGUUCUCAAGCUGAGGGCGAGGUUUCUCACGCAGAGGACAAGUUUCCUCACGCAGACGACAAGGUUCCUCACUCUGAGGACAAGGUACCUCACACUGUGGACAAGGUUCCUCACUGUGAGGACAAGGUUCCACACGGUGAGGACAAGGUACCUCACACUGAGGACAAGGUAACUCACACUGAGGACAAGGUACCUCACACUGAGGACAAAGUUCCUGACGGCGAGGACAAGUUUCCUCACGCAGAGGACAAGGUUCUUCACGCAGAGGACAAGGUUCCUCACUCUGAGGACAAAAUACCUCACACUGAGGGCAAGGUACGUCACACUGUGUGCAACGUUCCUCACGUUGAGGCAAGGUUCCUCAAGCUGAGGACAUAGUACCUCACACUGAGGAGAAGGUACAUCACACUGAGGACAAGGUUCCUCGCGCUGAGUUCAAGGUACCUGACACUGAGGACUAAGUUCCUCACGCUGAGGACAAGGUACGUCACACUGAGGUGAAGGUACCUCACACUGAGGACAAAGUUCCUCAAGCUGAGGACAAGGUUCCUCACGCUGAGGGCAAGUUUGCUCACACUGACGACAAGGUUCCUCAAGCUGAAGACGAGCUUCCUCACGCAGACGACAAGUUUCCUCACGCAGAGGACAAGGUACCUCACUCUGAGGACAAAGUACCUUACACUGUGGACAAGGUUCCUCACUGUGAGGACAAGGUUCCUCACGGUGAGGACAAGGUACCUCACACUGAGGACAAGGUAACUCACACUGAGGACAAGGUACCUCACACUGAAGACAAGGUUCCUGACGGCGAGGACAAGUUUCCUCACGCUGAGGACAAAGUUCUUCAAGCUGAGCACAAGGUACCUCACACUGAGGACCAGGUCCCUCACACUGAGGACAAGAUUCCUCACGCUGAGGACAAGGUUCCUCACGCUGAGGACAUGGUACCUCACACUGAGGACAAGUUAUCUCACUGUGAGGACAAGGUUCCUCACGCUGGCGACAAGGUUCCUCACGCUGAGGACAAGAUUCGUCACGUUGAGGACAAGGUUCGUCACGCUGAGGACAAGGUGCCUCACGCUGAGGACAAAAGUACCUCACACUAAGGACAAGGUUCUUCAAGCUGAGGACAAGGUACCUCACACUGAGGACCAGGUCCCUCACGCUGAGGACAAGAUUCCUCGCGCUGAGGACAAGGUUCCUCAUGCUGAGGAGAAGGUUCCUCACGUUGAGGACAAGGUUCCUCACAGUGACGACAAAGUUUCUCACGCUGACGACAAGGUUCCUCACGCUGAAGACCAGGAUCCUCACGCUGAGGACAAGUUACCUCACAAUGAGGACAAGGUUCCUCACGCUGGCGACAAGGAUCCUCACGCUGAGGACAAGAUUCGUCACGCUGAGGACAAGGUUUGUCUCGCUGAGAACAAGGGUCCUCACGCUGAGGACAAGCUACCUCACACUAAGGACAAGGUUCUUCAAGCUGAUGACAAGGUUCCUGACGCUGAGGACAAGGUCCUCACCCUGAGGACAAGGUUCCUCAAGAUGAGGACAAGGUUCCUCACGAUGAGGACAAGGUACCUCACACGGAGGGCAAGGUAUUUCACACUGAGGACAAGGUUCCUGGCGCUGAGGACAAGGUUCGUCAAGCUGAGGACAACGUAGCUCACACUGAGGACAAGGUACCUCUCAGUGAGGACAAGGCCCCUCACGCUGAGGACAAGGUUCCUCACGCCCAGGACAAGGUUCGUCACGCUGAGGACAAUGUUCCUGACGCUGAGGACAAGGUUCUCACGCUGAGGACAAGGUUCCUCAGGCUGAGGACAAGGUUCCUCACGCUGAGGACUAGGUUCCUCACGGUGACGACAAGGUUUCUCACGCUGACGACAAGAUUCCUCACGCUGAGGACAAGGAUCCUCACGCUGAGGACGAGUUACCUCACACUGAGAACAAGGUUCCUCACGCUGGUGACAAGGAUCCUCACGCUGAGGACAAGAUUCCUCACGCUGAGGACAAGGUUCGUCACGCUGAGGACAAGGUGACUCACGCUGGGGACAAGGUACCUCACACUAAGGACAAGGUUCUUCAAGCUGAUGACAAGGUUCCUCACGCUGAGGACAAGGUUCCUCACGCUGAGGACAAGGUUCCUCACGCUGAGGACAAGGUUCCUCACGCUGAGGACAAGGUACCUCACACUGAGGAGAAGGUACAUCACACUGAGGACAAGGUACCUCACACUGAGGACAAGGUUUCUCAGGCUGACGACAAGGCUCCCCAACCUGAGGACAAAAUACCUCACACUGAGGACAAGGUUCCUUAAGCUGAGGACAAGGCACGUCACACUGUGGACAAGGUACCUCAAGCUGAGCACUAGGUACCUCACACUGAGGACCAGGUCCCUCACACUGAGGACAAGAUUCCUCACGCUGAGGACAACGUUCAUCACGCUGAGGACAGAGUACCUCACACUGAGUACAAGGUUCCUCAAGCUGAGGACACGGUACCUCACCCUGAGGACAAGGUACCUCACACGGAGGACAAGGUUCCUCACGCUCAGGAGAGGGUUGCUGACGCUGAGGACAAGGUUCCUCAGGGUGAGGACAAGGUACCUCACACUUAGGACACGGUACUUCAAGCUGAGGACAAAGUACCUCACACUGAGGACUAGUUAACUCACACUGAGGACAAGGUUCCUGACUCUGAGGACAAGGGUCGGCACGCUGAGGACAAGGUUCCUCACGCUGAGGACAAAGUUUCUCACGCUGAGGAAAAGGUUCCUCAAACUGAGGACAAAGUACCUCACAGUGAGGACAAGGUACCUCACACUGAGGACAAGGUUCCUCACGCUGAGGACAAGGCUUCUGACGCUGACGACAAGGUUCCUCACGUUGAAAACAAGGUUCCUCGCGCUGAGGGCAAAGUUUCUCACGCUGAGGACAAGGUAUUUCACACUGAGGACAAGGUACGUCAAACCGAGGGCAAGGUUCCUCACGCUGAGGACAAGGUACCUCUCACUGAGGACAAGGUACCUCACACUGAGGACAAGGUUCCUCACGCUGAGGACAAGGUUCCUCAUGGUGAGGACAAGGUACCUCACACUUAGGACAAGGUACCUCAAACUGAGGACAAAAUACCUCACACUGAGGACUAGGUACCUCACACUGAGGACAAGGUUCGUCACUCUGAGGACAAGGCUCGUCACGCUGAGGACAAGGUUCCUCACGCUGAGGACGAAGUUCCUCACGCUGAGGAAAAGGUUCCUCAAACUGAGGACAAAGUACCUCACACUGAGGACAAGGUACCUCACACUGAGGACAAGGUUCCUCACUCUGAGUGUAAGUGCACGUAA